CCGCACCCUUUACCCUAGCCACGAACAACGAGCCCAACGUUUUCUCUGGGAGGUUUAUCUCGACUCGCCAACCAAUAAGAAACAAAGAAAAUAAAAAAAAAAAAAAAGAAAGUGAAAGAGAGAGAGAGGAACAACGGAAAUUGAAAUUGGGUUUAUUUUCUUUUAUUUUAUUUAUAUCUGUGUUUUUCGUUCUCAAGCGCUGGGAACUUGAAAGAAGAGAUUCCGUACAUCUGGAAAAAAAAUCUUUAGGGUUUUAAGCCGCUGAUUCAUAUUGCAAACCAAAAUUACUCUCGAUCUUCUAAAAUCUAGAUUUAGGGUUUCCUUUAUUUUUUUUCUUAAAUUUUUUUAGCUUCCUUCUUUGAAAUUCUUUUCGAACAAUCCCUUUGAAUCUAUUCAUUUCUGUAGAGAUAUAGGUAAAGAAGCUUUAAUUUGAUAUUUAUUUAUAUAAAUAGGGGUAUAUGAGAUAAAAAUAGUGGCCGUAUUUGAUGGACGAGAUCUGGGAGAGAGCGGUGGAGACAGCGUUAGACGGGCAAGCGGACCACGCGGCGGCUAGAACAUUGACACUUGACGGUGCGGUGAAGUGUGUCCAAGGUCGCCUCCCGCCGCCUAGUCUCUUGGAAAGAUUUGAGAGUCUUCAACACCUUUCCAUCGCCAACAUCGGUGUUUCAUGUCUAGAACAGUUUCCUCGUCUCCGAAAUCUCCAGAAACUCAUCCUUUCAGACAACAGAAUCGCCGGUGGCCUCGAGUUCCUCGUCGAAGCCGGCCUUGACUCGCUCCGAGACCUCGACUUGUCCAACAACCGUAUUCAAUAUAUCGAGGAUCUUGCUCCGCUUGCCCAGCUCAAGCUUGUUUCGCUCGAUCUUUACGAGUGUCCGGUUACCAGAGUUAAGGAUUAUCGAUCUAGGGUUUUCGGGUUGAUUAAAUCGUUGAAAUACUUGGAUAAAAUGGAUGCUGAGGAGAAUGAAAGGCCGGAGUCGGAUGAAGAUGAAGAGGAUGAUGAUGAAGAUGAUCCAGGGAGUGGGGAAAUUGAUGGUGAGGAUCGGCCGUACAGAAUGAAUAAUGGGCAUAGCUAUGGAGGCGAAGGGAUUGUUGAUGUUGAUGAGGAUGAAGAGAGUGAUGCCGAUGAAGAGGAGACAGAGACAGGUAGAAGAGUAAAUGGGCAAAGUCAUGAGGCGAAUGGUUUUCGUAUUGAGGAAGUGGCGAGAGAUGAAAAUGAAGAAGAUGAGGAUGAGGAUGAUGAAGAGGAGAAUGAUUCAGGUGAGGAAGUUGACGAUGAUGAUGAGGAAGAAGAUGAUGUUGUGGAAGUUCAUGAGAUUGGGGAUAGUGAUGAUGAUGAAGAUGGGAUAGAGGAUGAUGAUGAUGAUGGCGAGGAUGAUGAGGCGGAAGAGGUCGAUAAUGAUGAAGGGGAUUUUGCUGAGCCGGAGAGUACUGGGCGUUUGACGAGCACAGAAGGGGAGAUUGAUGGGCAUGAACAUGGAGAAGAUGACGGAGAUGAUGACGAUAAUGGUGAGACUGGUGAGGAAGAGCAAGGUGUUGAAGAUGAUGGGGAAUUUGAAGAUGAAGAAGAGGCUGAAGAGGAGGAUGAAGACUAUGGUGAAGGUUAUCUGGUUCAGCCAGUGGGCCAGUCUGAAGAACAUGAUGCUGGAGGUAGUGAUAUGGAUCCUGGGAAUGAAGAAGAUGAUGCGGAAGAGGAAGAAGAAGUCGAAGAUGAUGAGGAAGUGCAAGUGCUGCCAUCCUCUUCACAGCCCAAGAGAAAGAGAAGUGAUGAUGCAGAGGAGGACGAGGAUGGUGAGGAUGAUGAGGAGGAAGAUGAUGUUGAGUUUGCAAAGGCAUCAAAGAAGCAUCGUUAGCUCUUUUCGAUUUCCCGAGUUAGAUCUUUUGUUAAUGCUUUGAAGCAGGGGAACUUGAUGUUAGAUAGAAUGGUUGAUAGUCUGGUAGUGAUGUUUGGCCGUGUUCAUGGACAAAUGUUUAGGUGAAGGAAUUGUGUAUCAUGGGUGGUACAUGCUUAGUUCAAAAAGUCGUUAGCUUUUUUCCUCUCUUAUAUAGCCGUUACUAUUUGUUAAUUCAAAUGGCAGUUAUGAAGGGUUUACCGCCCAUGUUCAGCUCUCAGGAGUAGGAAGUCUAUUUAUAAAGGGGAAUGGAGGGAAAAAUAGAACUUGAUAAACCUUUGUUUUUUGGUGUUUGGUCGAGCGGGUUUUUUAAAGAAGGAAGGGUGGGGGAUUGUAAGUUAUAAAACGAUUGUAGAUAGUAGCAUCAUAUCGAAUCACAAGUGGGCUUCAGGCAAUUGACCAGCUUAAUAC